GUUGCUCGACCAGUGAGGAUGAAAGUGGAUCUCAUAAGAUACAGGAAGAUAAAGGAGGAACAGAAACUGGAAGAAAGAACGAAAUGAGAUUUCCGUUAUUCCUUUUGAUUUCUCGAUAAUUAAAGAUCGUUUACUUAAUUUUUUCAACUUGCUAAUUUUUUUUGUCAGUUUCUAUUGAGAGAUUAUAAAUAUGAUAGAAAGAAACUUCAAUUUUUUUGUGACUGCAACGUGGCUUGACAAGACACGAAUAUCGUGCAAUUUUCUGAAUUUCUUUCUUACGGAUAAUUACUUUGAAAAUGAAACAUAUAUCGAAUGGAAUCCUCGAAAAAAAUCAUAAUUCGAAUUAUAAACGGUUAUGUUCGAUGAAACAUGAUUGAAAAUUUGUCGUUGUAAGUGUGUAUGAGAAACCACGUGGUGUUGAAUUUUAUAUCGAAAUGUGCUUUUAUCAAAAUGAAAAUAAAAUUGUAUAAUAAAAAGUUUAGUGAUCGAAUUGUGCUUAUAGAUCGCACGAGGAACGCGUGAUAUCGUAGAGGAAUUAUAUCGACAGGCUUACGUGAAAUGGAAUAAGAUGCAAAGAGGGAGUUGCAGCUGAUACAACGUGUGUAUAUAUGCGUGUUUAUAUUGUGACUAUAGAACAUUUUUGAAUAAUAUGUUAAGAAAAAUGAAAAGAUAUAUUGAAAGACGAUAAUCAAGCGAUUGUAUCAGUGUUGAAACUUUUCGAUUUAUAUUAGAGUGUCAGCGUAGUGCGCGUAAUUUUUUAGAACGCGAAAUGCUGAGUGUCUCAGCUGCGUCCAGUCGAUUACUUUGGACGCUAAAAUCAAUUUUGUCAUCGACACUGUCAUCGUCACUGACACCGACACCGACACCGAUAACAACUCCCACACCGUUAUUGUCGCCGUCGUCGUCGUCGACGUCGUCGUCGACGUCCUCGCCGCCGCCGCCGUCGUCGUCGUCGCCGUCGUCGUCGUCGUCGUCGUCGUCGUCGUCGUCGUCGUCGUCGUCGACGUCGUCGUCGACGUCGUCGUCGCGGCGGCUGUUGUUAGUGUCAUCUUUGUCAUUGUUAUCGAAAUCACCAUCGUCGUCGUGGUCUUCGUUAUUACCAUCAUCAUUGCCAUCGUUGUUGCUGUUAUUGUCAUUGUUGUUAGUGUCACUAUUAUCAAUUUUGUCGUUAUCAUCCUUCUCAUUAUUGUCGUCACAGCGGAGGGCCUGCGUGGCCUACUAAAAUGACCGCUCGUCUUCAUUCGUUGAGGCAUCAAGAAAAGAAAUCGGCCGGCAACACUCAUAGACAUUACCAUCAUCAUCAUCAACAAUCCCAACACCAACAAAGCGUACAUCAAGGACCAAGUCCGGCAGCCAGUCCCAGUCCUAGUCUCAGCCCGAGCCCUAAACACUCGGACGGACGUCGAGCUAACAAACCACUAAUGGAAAAGCGACGGCGAGCUAGAAUCAAUCAGUCGUUGGCGGCGCUGAAAGCGCUCAUCCUUGACAGCGCCCGGCUGGAGAACACGAAGCAUAGCAAACUUGAAAAAGCUGACAUUUUAGAAUUAACAGUACGGCAUUUACAAAGGCAAAGAUCUCUUGCUCAGCCUGGUUUAUCAAGAUAUAAGGCUGGCUAUCAAGAUUGUUCCAGAGAGGUAAGUCGAUAUCUCGAUGCCCCGGACAUAAUUACGGGGAACACGACACCGAUGGACCCUGCAGUGAAGCAAAGGCUACUACGACAUUUGGAUAGUUGCGUGUCAGAAUUAGACUUGGAUUUGGGUUCGAGGCCGGAUAGCGGAUUAGGCAGCAGUCCCGGAAGCGUGACGGAUCGAGUGACAGGCUCGGGAAGUCCCGGUCCGCUGGAGCAUCAUGUGCCAUCGACUGCACACUGUAGUACAUCUUUGAAUCCGGUCGGUUUGAUAAAAGCCGAGAUUCCGGAUAUUGAACCAGCUAGACCGGAUAGUAGCACUACCGCCGGCGACGAAAACAACAAUAAUAGCAACAGCAGUAGCAACGGCAACAGCCGGCCAACUUCUGCCUUUGGUCAGGUUAACACCACCAAUCUUGAUUCACAUCAUCAUCAUCAUCCACCUCCACCUCCUCCACCCGGUAUAUCGGUUAUCGAUCAGGCUUCCAACUCGCAACAAAAUCCAAAUAUGUUGUCAGUCGUGCAAGUGAUACCUUCCAGACUACCCGACGGUCAGGUAGUUUUCUUGCUUCCUAGUCAUUACGUACAACUCGCGGCUGCCGCUGCGGCGAACGGUAUCAGUAUCGGGCCGAAUCCACCCACGGCCAUAUGGGCCGCAACUAACAUGUCUCUUCUCAAGGCUACGGAUAAACUCGCCGCGAAACGACCGCACGAAGAUAUACAAGAAUGGCAGGACGCGGCCACUGUUGCCGUUAAUGCUGCUGCUGCUGCUGUUGCCGCAACCGUUGCCGCUGCCGCUACGUCCGGCAACGCUUCUGUUUCCGCUUCCAUUUCCGCUUCCGCCCCCGUUUCUACCUUCGCUACCAAUGCGAUCUCAGCCAUUGGUACAAAACCAAGUAAAAGUCCAAGGCUCGAGCAACCGGAACAACCGCUCGACUUCACAACUACCUCCAAGAAACCAAAAUCUAGCACGAAAUCAUCGGUAACCGCUGUGAGCAACAUCGAUCAUCAUUUUCAACAGCAGCAACAGCAGCAGCAACAACAACAGCAACAACAACACCAUCAUCAACAACAGCAAUUCGUAGGCCGUUUAACCACGGAAGGAUCAGUUGCACCGCAUUCGGAAGGCAGACCGUCCAGUCAUACGAGCAGCGAAUUGGUCACAGGAAUUCGUUCACCAUCUCCAAUCCCACAACAACCUUCGAAGGAUGAGGAAGGAAUGUGGAGGCCUUGGUAGAUUGUGAUUUAAUAACAUUCGCGGUUAUGGAUUAUACGAAAAUGUGCGCAUUGUGUUAAAUGUGUUACGUGUAUUGUUACAUAUAAUAACUGUAUUGAUGGACGAUGGAACGAUGAAAUAUAUACGAAUUACCUGUAAAAAUAAUUCUUCGAAUAUAACAAAGUAUGUACUAUUGCAUGUUGUGUACGGUGAUACUCGAACGCAUUGUAUAUUGUGGAUCAUAAAAAUGUGUGAAAUGUGCGUUUGAGAACACUUUUAAUCUCGUCAUUGUUAAAGAACGCAAUAACGCGCGUGGAAAAAAUCUGUCAAAAAUAGAACGGACACUUAAAACGAAUGACUAGUUUGAAAAAUAGCAUGUACGCUAUUGAUCAACCAUUUCGAACGAAUAUGAGAAAUUAAUUUAAUUACCGACAUAAUUACUUACAGUGUCAGUGUUCUAAAAAUCAUGUACACUUGCUACUUAGAUAUACAAAAUAUUACGUAGCAUUUUAUUGCAAUUCGAUCGUUGUUCAUUCGUUUAAUGUGAGGAGUGCCUAAUGAAGAAAAGAAAUGCUAUCAGGGGGAGGGGGGAAGGAAAAGACACUGUGCUGGAUCUAUCUAUGUAUUACGGAUUCGAGAUAAGUUACCUGUUCGAAACGUUAAAAAAUAACGGUAUAUAUAUAUAUAUAUACAUGUAUAUGAUAAAAAUUUAUAGGAUCCGAAGAAACGAGAGGGUUUCAUGCAUAGUACUUUAUUCCGCCGUCGUGUACAUAACCCCGAUUGGAAUUAUAAUUAAUGCCGGAUAUAGAUUUAUUUUGAUGUUAACUAGGUGUAUAUGCAUACAAGAAAAUGUAGAAUGAUGCGAAUGCGGAUGAAUCUGUAUCGAAUGUGUGUUGGAAAAAUGCAAAAGUUCACGUUCUAGAUAAAAUCAUAGUUUUCAUUCACAAUUUACUUCUCUAAUUACUAUGUUGAGAUUCAAAAUUCCUUAUUCAAUGUACUUAGACAUCGAUCAAUAUAAAUAAGCAUACUGACAAA